AUGAAGUUAGACAUUAAAAAAGGAUCUAUCAAGAUUUUGGAUUUGGGACUUGAAGUGAAUGAAUUAAAUACUUUGUUCAAAUCUUGGAUUCAAGACUUUUCCACAUACCUCAGCCUCAAACGGAUGAAGAUCGUUUGUGAAAUUAACUUGUCUGUUAAUGUAAUAAUCUGUAAACGUAACCGAAAAAGACAAGUUCAGAAUAAGUUUACAACGAAAUACGAUUAUUAUUAUAGGAAACGAAAUGGAGAAGAGAUUGUUAACGACAAUGGAAACCGAUUAAUUACGGCGAAAACCCAAAUGAAGACUAUGAUUGCAUUACAUCAAACCGCAAAAGCAGCACUAGGUUUAGUAGAAGAAAAAUCGAGGAGGAGAAAACCAUAUUGGUGGAAUGCUGAGAUUGAGAGAGAAAUUGAGGAAAAGAGAAAACGGUAUCACAUUUACUUAUCUCAAAAAACAGAGAAUGCCAUUCAAAAUUACAAGAGCGCACAAACAAAGGUAAGAAGAAUGCUUAGUGACAAGAAAAAUAAAGCAUGGGCCCAAAAUUGGACGAUAAAAUCAAUUAGAAAGUAGAAGAACCAGAGGUAUAAUUUCGCCAAUAUCAGACAAAGAAUGGGAUGCACACUUUAAAAAACUUUUAAUGAGAAAACGAGUGGAAUCUCAAGAUUUGAAAUGUAUUCAAAAGUUCUCAUGACCUUAUAGCUUACAUAUAACAUGAAUUUCAUAUACGAUUAUUUAUUGAUAUACUUAUUAGAUAAAAGUUCAAAAGCAGUU